AACCCCCUCUUCCACCCCACCAUAACCACCACCCGCUCCCCCCUCAGCGAAUGCGACUACAACACCCACAAAUCCAACUCCACCUACUUCACCGACAUCGACAUCUCCCACGCCAGUCUGCGCGCCCGUCUCUUCGGCUCCUGCGUCUCUCUCCGUCCUAUCUCCGCCUCUUCCAUCGUCAUGAUCCUUGGUGGCGUGCAGUGCGUGUUUCGUCGAGAGAUCAAACCUUAUCAGGCGUAUGAGCUCCAUUCGAGGGUGUUGUCGUGGGAUGGGAAGUGGGUUUAUUUGGUUUCGUAUUUUGUGGAUUGCGGGACACCUGCAAAUGGGGAUGGGGAUGGGAAUGGGGAUGGGGAUGGGAAGAGGGGGGUGUUUGCGGCGUGUGUAUCCAGGUAUGUGUUUAAGCAGGGACGGAGGACGUAUCCGCCUGAGAGGAUGUUGAGGGAUUGUGGGUUGUUGGAGAAGAGGGCUGUGUCGCCGGUGAUGGAGGAGGUGGGGGUUGGGGUUGGGGGUGAUGUGGAUGUUGGUGGUGGUGGUGGUGGUGGGGGGUUGAUGGAGGAGAUUGAAGAGAGGAGGGCUAGGGAUUUGGAAAAGGCGCAGUUGAAGGUGGGGUGGGAUGCUGUGUUUGAGGCGUUUGAGUGUUGA